AUGCUGCAGAGUACGCUGGGACAGGCGCAACGCUUCAAGAAGCGCGAACGGACACAAAACUGGGCGUACGAGGAGAAACACUUUCUGCUCGAACUCUGCCGCAAGGAUAUGCACAUCAUCGAAAACAAGCGGCUGGACAGUGCGCUGACGAUGCUCAAAAACCGCGCCUGGAAAAUCAUCCACCAGCAGUUUGCGAUCGCGUUCGGUACCGAUCGGAACUGUAACCGGUUGAAGGAGCAGUGGCGCCGGAUGAAGGCGUGCACCCGGGCCGAAAUGCUCGACUACCAGCAGCGAAUACAGCGGUUCGGCCAGGAGGUAGCGGACCGGAAGAAACCGAGCCAGUUCACGUUCGAAAUCUGGGAGUUUAUGCAGGAAGCGAAGAAGGUGUGCAAGAACGAGCUGAUGGAUGAUGUGGAUUACUCGAAGAUAAAGCUUUCACUGGAGGAAAAUCUACCGCAGGGCGUCUCGAUCAAGGACUGUAGCGAUGAGAACGAUGACGAGAGCUCGUCGAUGUGGGAAAAGACAUCACAGAACAUCUGCGAGGUACAGAUCAAGGAGGAUUCGCAGGACGAGCUGGAAGAGUACGAGAAGGGACCGAUGGCCAAGUAUCCGCGGAUGCGUGGCUUCUCCAAUGCUUCGUCUCCGUUCGGUGCUGCGGUCGCAUCGGCCGCUGAUACGGCGCGCUUCAACGAACUGCUCGCUUCCAGCUUUGCCAACCAUCUGAGCGCUGCCAACGGUGGUGGCAAUAGCAAUAGCAGCAACAGCAACAACGGCACCACGAACCACAACAACAAUAAUAACAACAAUAACAACAACAACACUAACGCGAAUAAGCUACUGGAAGCCGCUGGACUCGAACUGUACAACAGGAUGGCCGCUGCCGCCGCAUCCGGAGGUUGCUUUGGUAGCGAAUCGAGUUUGGUGGAUCUGACGGGUGGCGGCAAUGGGAACGCUACAUCAUCCCAGCUCGAUCUAAGCAACACGCUCGAGGCGCUGAAUCUGCUUAAGAACCGCUUCCAUCGCAUCAGCCAGAUGGGCCAGUGGAAGACGGCCUUCCAGGAUGCCCACAACCAUCUGUCCUCCUCCUCCUCGAACCAUCAUCCACCGCCCGAUUCACCGACACUGGUGACCGGUGGUGGUGGUGGCAGUAAUCAUGGUGCAGGUUCCGGUGGUCCUGGUGCUGGAAUAGACGGUAUACUCACCAACGGAGGAAUUGAUUUGAUGAGCCACGGCAGGGUUGGUUCACCACCACCACCACAACUGCCACCAUCAUCGAUGAUGACGGCCGGUGGAAGCGGUGGCCCCGCUGGUUCCUCCAUGUCACCCGAAUCGGUCCUGGCACGUGCGAUCGAGCAGCAGCACCGGCAGUCCGAGCACGAGCUGCGGAUGGAGAUACUAAAGACGGAUCUGGCAACGGCAAAGAUUAACCAAGAAACGGCCGAGCUGAAUCGACAACUGGCGCUACAGAAACUGCGACAAACGCGUCGGCGUGCGGCCGAAGAGGAGGGUGGUGGUGGCGGUGGCCUUACGGAAGAUGAUGCUGGGGAAGAAGAUGCAGGGAGUAGUAACAACGCGUCCAACCUAUCGAUCACUGCCGUCGAACCGAGGCUAGCGGAACCGGCUGUCUCACUACCAGCCUCACCGGAACAACCACCGGCCGCCCAUUCCUCACUGCUGGUGACAGCUGGCGCUACCACACCCUCUGCGCUAUCGUUAAUAUCAGUCAAGACGGAAUAG